UCACAUCUCUGACUCGCCGAGCAUUCAAAGGGUCACUUUCCCCAUACCCACCCCAUCUUUUGUCCAUUCCACUGUCCUUAAAUAUAAAACUCUCUUUGUACCCUCAUUUUCGUUCCCACUUCUUCAAAGUCACAAUCUUUGUCAUCUCUUGACCUUAUUGGAUUCAGGUAUAAACAUGUCAGCUGUGAACAUGUCCACCAUGACACUUCCAAGAGCUUCCUUGUCUGGAGUAUCUGUGCCUGCUGGGAGAUCUUGUGCUCUUUUUAAGAGUCCAUCAUCUUUUAGUUCUGUGAAGAAUGUGUCUAAAGUAUUUGGACUGAAAUCAUCAUCCUUUAGAGUGUCAGCAAUGGCAGUAUAUAAAGUGAAACUGAUUGGACCAAAUGGUGAAGAGAAUGAAUUUGAAGCCCCUGAUGACAGUUACAUUCUGGAUUCAGCUGAAGAUGCUGGAGUGGAACUACCAUACUCAUGCAGAGCUGGAGCCUGCUCUACUUGUGCAGGAAAACUGCUUUCAGGUGCUGUGGAUCAGUCGGAUCAAUCCUUUCUUGAAGAACAGCAAAUGGGGAAAGGUUAUCUUCUCACAUGUGUCUCAUAUCCGACAUCAGAUUGUGUGAUUUACACCCACAAGGAGGAAGAUCUAUGUUAAGUGAUCAUGUUUAUCUCUUAAUAAGGUUUAUGGUCACUACUUCAUUGAUGUUUGUUCAACAUUUUUAGUCGUUCAAAUUUUAUGUAGAACUUUAAUCCUGUAGUAUGCAGCCAUUGGAUUGGUUAAGCCAAUAAUAAGGCCUUGUUUACCUAUACUAUUUUCAAACUUUACUUCAAAAUAUGUUUUAAAAUUAA